CCUGCUGCAUGCAAGUUAAGAUGACUUUUUUUUAGAACUUUCUGUGAGUUUGCGGUGUCCCCGUUUUAUCCAGACUUCACCUGUUUCGAAACAUCUGCCCUUUGUAAUCUCGGACCAAAGUCGGAAAAUCUCAUCACCGAUGUAACGUAACGGCUGCUGCCACGUGACCUCAGAACAGGCGAUAAAAAACUGUGUUCGUCUUUGAGAGGGCAGUAGGAGAGGGCUUCAGGAUGUCUGUACCUGGAAGCUUCGCGGUGCUCCGUCUGUUGUGGCUGCUAUCAGUGUUUGGCACGGUGCUCCCACUGGACGGUGGCAUGCUCUUUCCCCGUGAGUCCUCCUUCAGAGAGGUGAAGGAGCUGAACGGGCUGUGGGAUUUCAGGGCUGACGGGUCCCCCAACAGGAACGAGGGCUUCGAGAAGGCUUGGCACAAACGUCAGCUGGCAGAGACAGGCCCAGUGAUUGAAAUGCCAGUUCCUGCCAGCUACAAUGACAUCACACAGGACCCCACACUGAGAGAUUUCAUUGGCUGGGUGUGGUAUGACCGAGAGGUGGCCGUGCCUGCCCGCUGGAUCUCCGAUCAGGGAACAAGAGUAGUUCUUAGAGUGGGAAGUGCUCACUAUUACUCAAUAGUGUGGGUGAAUGGAGAGAAAGUGACAGAGCAUGAAGGUGGCCAUCUUCCUUUUGAGGCAGAGAUUAGUAGUUUAAUCCGCAGGGAACCAAUGAAGCCAUGCAGAAUCACCAUCGCGGUAAACAACACCCUAACUUUGGAGACUCUUCCUCCAGGCACCAUCCAGUACAUGAAUGACAGCAGCAGGUAUCCUGAUGGGUUUUUUGUGCAAAACAUGGACUUUGAUUUCUUCAACUAUGCUGGGAUUCAUCGUCCUGUACUGUUGUAUACUACUCCUAAGGUGUAUGUGGAUGACAUCACAGUGGAGACCAACUUCAUGGAUAACACUGGUCUUAUCAGAUACAAAGUAUCUGUUCAAGGUGGCUUCAGCAACACUCUGAACAUUACUCUAAUGGACAAAGAUGGCCACUUUGUGGCCUCCUCCAAUGGAUCAUCUGGAGUGCUUAGAGUGGUAGAUGUGAAGCUGUGGUGGCCGUACUUGAUGCACGAGAAUCCAGGUUACCUUUAUUCUAUGAAGGUCCACCUAAUUGCAGUCAGUGAGACAUCAACAUAUGAGGAUGAGUAUACUCUGCCACUUGGCAUCCGCACAGUAAACGUUACCAACACCCAGUUCCUCAUUAACAACAAGCCAUUUUAUUUCCAUGGGGUCAAUAAGCAUGAGGACGCUGACAUUCGUGGUAGAGGCUUUGACUGGCCCCUAAUUGUAAAGGACUUUAAUUUAAUGAAGUGGUUAGGGGUCAACUCGUUCCGUACCAGCCACUACCCCUAUGCUGAGGAGAUCCUGCAGAUGUGUGACCGUCAUGGGAUUGUCUUGAUAGAUGAGUGCCCGGGUGUGGGCAUCAAAGACAUUCGCAGUUUUGGAAACGCCUCUCUGUCUCACCACUUGGUUGUCAUGGACGAGCUUGUGCGCCGGGACAAGAACCAUCCCUCUGUGGUCAUGUGGUCGGUAGCCAAUGAGCCCGCCUCAGAGAUGCCUCCUGCUGAAUUUUAUUUCAAGACUUUGAUUGAGCACACCAAAGCUCUGGACCAAACCCGACCUGUCACUUACGUCACAAUCGCUGAAGCUGACAUGGACAAAGGGGGUCCCUAUGUAGAUGUAGUGUGUGUAAACAGUUACUUUGCCUGGUAUUUUGAUCAAGGCCGACUGGAUAUCGUUCCUCUUCAGCUCAGCACUCAUUUUGAAAACUGGUACAGAAAGUACCAGAGACCCAUCAUCCAGAGUGAAUAUGGAGCAGAUGCAGUUCCAGGGCUUCACAUGGAUCCACCCAUGAUGUUCACUGAGGAGUACCAGAAUGCUCUCCUGCAGAGCUACCAUGAUGUGUUCGACCAGAAGAGGAAUCAGUAUUUCAUCGGUGAACUCAUCUGGAACUUUGCAGACUUCAUGACUGCACAAGGAAUCUAUCGUGUGGUGGGGAACAAGAAGGGUAUUUUCACCAGGCAAAGGCAGCCCAAGGCAGCAGCGUUCCUCUUGAGGAAGAGGUACUGGAGGCUGGCUAAUGAGACGGGCAGACUGCUUCCUGACUGAUUAAAUAACUCUGAUCACUCUGAAACUGUGAUGGUAGUUGCAGUAUGCUAAACCAAUACUGUGAUAUUGUGUCUGAACAACAUCUGUGUGUGUGUGUGUGUGUGUGUGUGUGUGUGUGUACAUAUUGAUCUUAACUAAUGAACUGUAUAAUAAUUUAUUCCAGCUGUAGGGAACAUUUUAUAGGUCUACAAUGAUUGAAAAUAGACUCUUGUGCCUUAUCUAUUGUGAAGUUCACCUUUUCUAAUUAAAGCCUCAAUUUUAAAAAGUCUGACGCAAAUUAUAAAAUAUAAUAUCAUAAAACAGAUUUUUUUUUUAACUGCAAUAAUUUGCAAAUCUCAUAAGCCUGCAUUUUAUUCAUAAAAGAACAAAGAAAACAUAUUUACUGUUUAAAGUGACUUAGCUCUCCCCCCCAAAGAUACCAAUGAAUCUCUCUAAAUAAAUUACACUGUCAGAAAUUAAUGCCACUGGAAAGCAGGCUAAAACCCACUAAACCAGUAUGUUUUUAACCAGGACAAGACCUCAUUUUGUCAGGAGCCAAACCUAGAAUUCAGACAAAAGGAGAGACCAAAAAGACCACAGAGUUUAUAGGACCAAAAUAUAUUUAAUUAAACUGACUGAUUUAGAACAAGUGUAGUGUAGCGGGUGCAUGGAUGCUUGUAAAUUAUAGCAUACAUGCAAGAAAAUUGUUCAACCGAAUGGGAAGAAAAGAGAGAGCAAAACUCUUUUACAUAGCAGGCUUCAGUUCUUUGUCAGUGUCCUGGGGAAAGAAAUGGGAUGAUUAUCACCUAUUGCCAAUAGGAGGUGCCAUAAGGGUGACCUGAUAUUGGCACAUAGAUGUCUCCAGACAUGGACUCUAAUCAAUCAUGUGAAGUGUGGGUGAGAUGGGACAAAAGAUACUUAAGAUUUAUUUGAGAUUUCAUGUCCAGUGGGGAAUGAUCAAAAUUCUGGCACACAGCUACAAACAAGCCCUUUCACAAAAACUCAAAAGCUUCAGAGUUUAACAUCACCAAGGCUUAGAUUCAACUCACCAAAGAUAAUGUUGAUCCAAUCCAGGAGGAGUUAAAGUACAAAGCCUGAAAAUUGUGAAAAUGCCACAAUUACACCUGACAUUUAAAGUGGCUGACUUCCUGUUGGGUUUAAGAUAUGGUUCCAAGAGAGUUUUUUGAAGUUGUCAGGACAUUCCACGAGGCUGCUAAAUUUCAGACACAUAGAUGAAAUGUUACAGUAUAAACGCUUGUAACAUUUAACUACACAUAACACUACUUUUUUUUUUUUUACAAUUUUUAUUUUGUAGGUGGCACUAUGGCCCAUAAAACAUGAAAGCCUUUAUCAGUUUGGAGGUGUGUACCAGUUUUCAUGACUUUUUAAGUUUUCCAAGCCCCUCAACAGCAACUUGUUUCUUUAUGCUGAAUUCCCAUGUUAUCAGGAUUCACUGUUGAAUGAGAAAUCACACUGUUCAUGAUAAAGCAUCAUGAAGGUCUGAAGUUUAUUCAGACUGCUUUUGAGGUGGAUGUGGUCAGUCUGAGUGUAGCAGUACAUCAGAGUAUAAAACAUGACAUUUUGUGUUGGCACUAGGCGGCGCUCUCACUAUUGCUUGCUAUUGAUGUGUUCAGGUCAGGACUGGACAAUGUGUCUUUGAGUUAAAGCAACGUUGUGUUUCAUUCGAAAUAUCAAAAUUUGCACCAGGGUCACACCCUGGUUUUUCAAAAUAAAGCAAUACCAACUCCUUGAGGCUUUUCUAACCAAAUUUUAGAUAGCUCAAGUCAACCACCCCGUCCGCCAAAGUGUAAAACAUGACAUUCUCUGUUGCCACUAGGUGGCGCUAUGGUUGUGAUUUAAUGUGUACAUAUGGAUCUGUUCAGGGAUUAAUUUUCAUACGCAUAACUCAAACUCUGUGUUACAAAAUGUUAAGAGUUUGAGCACGUUUAGGCACUCAAAAGCGUGAUUUAGUUGAUGAAAUAGUGUGUAUGUGUAUGUGUAAAUGAAAAUAAACACUUGACACUUUUGUAAUGAAUUUAUUAAAGACAAUCUGCUCAACAUGCAAACAGUAUCUGAUCAUAUGCAGUGCAGUUCAGCAGUGGACGGUGCUGCCGUCACCAUUUUCAAAAAAGACCACAUACACCUAAAAGGUUAAGUGACGUAUCGAUCAUGGAUGGUGGCGUGACAGCAAUCAGACUGUUCACUAUCAGUGACUCAGGGUGUACCCUCAUCACGUGGUUGACCUUUGAGUUCCAGCAGGACAAAUAUUAAACAUUUAAACUCAUUACACUAGCCUACCUGUCAGAGUUAAUGUCUGGUGCUGCAGACAUUUUCCAUUAAAAUGUACUUUUCAUAAAACAGAACUGUUUUGAUUGCUUUUCACUUAUUUCAGGCCCUUAUUUCCAAACAUUUAAGGCUUUUUUUUUUUUCAAUUGGUCCAACUAUAAGAGAUGUUUACUUAUCAGGUUAGAUACAUGUCAUUAAACACUAAUCUGCAUCGGUGAUAACACUGCUAUUAAUGAAAUUCAGCUGGCGUGACUGAGACACACUGGAGAUACUCGAUUCUCACAUACUGUUACUAAUGCUGUCAUGUUCUGUGCAGGUCUAUUUCAUCUGCAUUAACGAUUCACUAUUCACUAACCACACAAGAAAAAAAUAGUAGUGGUCAGGCAUGUA